AUGUCUUCCGCCGUCGUCGCUAGACUCAGGCGCAUCGGCGCGUCGACGCGGUCGCCGUCGAAAAAAUCGCCGGCGAAAGCCUUCGACAUCUCACGAGACUCCCCGUUUUUCAUCGGUCGUCAGCAGGACGCGAACGUGCGACUGUGCGAACCGACAGUGUCGAGGAAGCACGCGGUAUUUCAAGUCAUCGACGGAACCAUGGUGCUGAAGAACAUGAGCACGCUGAAUCCGGUAUCACUCAACGACGCCAUGCUCGACGUGAAUACGGCGGUGCGCAUGAGGAACGGUGACGUCGUGGGGAUUCAGCUCACCGACGACGAAGAGGCGAGGUUUGUCUUCGAACAAGUCGUCGACUCUCUCGCUCGAUCUCCAUUAAAAGAGGGCGGUGGAAACACUCCACCGAGCGUCUCACCUAGUAAGCAGCUCUCCGGUGACGAGAACGUCGCUCCCGCGCAAAGUCAGAAAAGUACACCUCGACGAUUUGAGACGUUGAGUAAGCUCACGGGAACGCCGAUGCCAUCGAAACAUAUUCUCAAGCAAGUUUCGACCCUUAAGAAGUCGCGCGAAAAGAAAAGUCGGGACUCCGCCACGAAAUGUUCUCCUGCGGCUCCCAACUCCAAUGUCAGGCGCAUGGGAGGCGACUUUGACAAGCAGGAAUGCGGAUCGCCGGAGGGACGAGCGGCGAUCACACCGAAGUCGCCAGCGAAGAGUGUGCUGAAAGCUCCCGAGAACAGGCUCGCGGUUCGUCCGAGCUCAAUCCGUCGGCGUUCCAUUUCGUUCGCUGGAGACGAAGAGUUAGAAGCCAUCAAGUGGAUUGCCCCGCACGACGGCAAGGUUGAGCUCUGCGGACGAAUCGCUCCUCUGGCUCUCGAUGCGCCACGAUCACCUCGCAAUCGUCGAUCGCUAUCGAGAUCUCCGAAUAGUACGAUUAAGGCUUUGCCUGCUCCCGAAGUCGUGCUCGCUCUUCCGGCGCCGGAGCAGAAGCGACGCUCAAGUAUUUCUUUCAAAGCGGUUGAAGACGGCGAUGAGAAUGAAACUCCCGAUGGUGCUUUCACGAGAAGUGAAAGUCGCAUCCAUCGCAGAGAUACACCACAUGUUUCAUCGAGGAGAAAGUCGCGGUCGCCAUCAACUGAGUCCACGCCUGUCAGAACCACUUGUGAACUGGAAGAAGUUGAUAUGACAGAAAGCGUGGCCACCGUCACUCCUCCGGAUCAACAAAACAACCUGAUGUCUCGCCUGAAUAUCGUCGCCACGCCAAGCUCGGAAUUCAAGCGACCGGCGGCGCCGCACAAUACUCCUGUCGCCAACGAGUUCAACUUGGAGGGUUUCGACUUGUUCAGGGCGACACCAAACAAAAUUCGAGGGAUUUUCGAAGAGGACACGGUGUGUGAUGCCAUCAUGCGUGCCGUUGAGACGAUGGAGGCGGAAGCGGAGGAAGACAUCAGUGCAGUGUGUGACCUAGACAAAGCGCUCGAACGUUUAUCGACGCCUUCGAGCACGAAGAAGCGUGUCAAUGAUUGGUUACGUGCCGAAGGCGCGCUGGCUGAAAUUCCUGACGAAGUGGAUGAACGAUAUUCUUUGACGCCUGGAGUUGAGCCUUCGCCAGCAAAAUCUAUCGUCGUCGCGUACAAGCGACGACGAAGCAAUAAAUUGAAGAAUGGAUUGAGUAUGAGGAUCGAGCAGUUGCAUCGCGCGUUGAGGCUCACACGACGGGCACUUUCAAAGGAGCGCAAGCGAAAUGGAGCGUUGAAGGAAAUGUACUUUGAGCUCUUGAACACGAAAGAAAACAGCGCUGUCUCUCCGGAAGUGAAGACUCCGAAAGUUGCAUUACAAGUCAACGUGCGCACCGCCACGCCACCGCCGCCGAAGACUCCCAAAGUCGCAAUGCAGAUCAAUGUCAAAGAAGCAACGCCGAAGACGCCCAAGGUCGUUCUCAACGUUUCUAUGAAAGAAACGACGCCGUCUCUCAUCCUCGACAGAGACGAAGAACCGAUCGCAGAGCGUCAACGAACGCCUGUCGCAGCUUCGAAGAAUUCUUCGGCUCCGUACUGCUCCGUAUGUGAGGUUGUUGACAAGUGUAAAACGGUGUCGUGCGCUCACUGCUGCAUCUCGUUCCAUCUCAAGUGCCUGAAGCCAAAGUUGACGAGAGUUCCGAAAGGACCUUGGACGUGCUCUUUGUGCCCGACGGCAAACGAGUCGAAAAUUCCAAGUACCAAGCGCGCGCGCGAAGUGGAAGCCGAACCAGUGCGCGCAACCCGAUCGAGUCGCCGAGUGAAACAUUCAUAG